AUGAGAGAAAAACAUGAUAGGCUCACCCUCUCAGCAAAGAUCACCUGCCACUGCGGGCAGUGCCACAAGGCGACGUCGAGCGCGUUCAGCACGGGCGUCUUCCUCCUCGACACGCAGUUCACGCUCCUCUCCGACCCGACGGUGGUCCAGACGUACUCGUACCCGCAGACGUCGGACGCGUCGAUCCAGACGCUGCACUUCUGCCCCGUCUGCAGCACCGUCGUGUGGAGGACCGGAGCCGCGGACAAGUACGCCGGCGUGUUGAGCGUGCAGCUCGGCACGCUCGACGACCCGGGCGUGAGGGACCGGCUGGAGCCCAGUGUCGAGCACUACGUGAGUAUGCGGACAAAGUGGGUUAACAAGGUCCAGAGCGCGGAGCAGGAGGAGGGGGCCUGA